CGUCAAGCUUUUGCCUCGGGAGGGGAUGCGACGACCCGAUAUCACGGCAAGCCCUUGAUGAUGAUGUCGAUGCUGCCACUGCCAUGGCAUUUAAAAACAGGCCCUUUCCCUGGCUUUCCCCCUGUGACGCCAUGUCUUCUCCUUCCUGAUUCCUCCCAUCAUCCCCUCGUGUUGACUGCGGCUACCCUCAGGCACAUCCUUUCUGUUGUUGCCCAUUGCUACCUACUACCAUCGCCACUCGUACAUAUACGCAGCCAUUCAUUCAUUGCACCGUGGAAACCAAUCGUCACCAUGGAUCCCAAACCAGUCUUCGCCGUCACUCACCCACGGGCCUGCUCUACGGCCUUUGAACGGGUCUUCAUGACGCGCCGUGAUGUGCUUGAUAGCCAGCACGAGCCCUUUGGCGACGCCUUCUACUACGGGCCCGAGUUCCUGAGCGACCGCUACAGGGACGACCCGGCUACCCGUGCUGCCCACCCCCAGUCGGAUCAGACCUACAAGUCCAUUCUUGAUCACUUUGCGGAGGUUGAAAAACAGGGCAAGCGCGUCUUCAUCAAGGACAUGGCGUACUACCUCUUCCCGCCCGAGGGCCAGCCCACAAAGAUUGCCGAGUCCCUGGGCGGCGGCGAAGAGCCUGGCAACCCUACUGUCAUUCCUCUCGACGUCUUGCGGCAAUUCCACUUCACCUUUCUCAUCCGCCACCCUCGCCGCUCAAUCCCCUCAUACUACCGCUGCGUGAUCCCGCCCCUCAACGAGAUCACCGGCUGGAACGACUUUAUGCCGAGCGAGACGGGCUACGAGGAGCUCGUCCGGCUCUUCGACUACCUCAUCGAGCAGGACAUCGUCGACAAGGACCACCUGACGGUCCUCGAUGCCGAUGAUCUGCUCGACAGCCCCGAGGCCAUGAUCAAGCUCUAUUGCGAGCGCACGGGCAUCGAGUUCGACCCGAAGAUGCUUGUCUGGGACCAGGAGGACAAGGAGCAUGCCGCCAAGCUGUUUGCCAAGUGGAACGGCUUCCACGACGACGUCCUCGGCACCGAUCGGCUCAUGGCCAGGACACACGCCCAGAAGACAUCGACGGUCGAGUCUGAGAACAAGGAGUGGACCGACAAGUACGGCCCCGAGGCGCAGAAGCUCAUCCGAGAGCUUGUCGACGCCAACAUCCCGCAUUAUGAUUACCUGAAGCAAUUUUGCCUGAAAGUCUGAUUUUGAGACCAUGAACGGAACACCACAGAAACGGCGCACCUCACACGGCAUGACCAAGAGAAAUACUCGGAUAUUAGGGCCUGAUGACCUGCCCAUGGAGGCUUGCUUUUGCUCCUCUUUGCUUUAGAUAAUUGCCUUUAUGAUACAGCAACGGGCGAGCGGACAGCCCGUAUAUAUGUGGUACAAGUGACUCCUCCCC